AUCUCUAGUUUCAAGUCUUCUUCAAUACAGCAUGAUGUUCAUUUAGUAAAUUAUGGUCCAUUUUAGAGUGAAAUAUACCACAAAGCAGGGUACGCUUUAGGGCGGGGCUACUUUGUGAUUGACAGGUCGUUACCACAGGGUUGUCUGGCCUGGGAGUUGUCUGUGUUUUCGUUUUAGUCUGUCUAAUUAACAGACUACAGCUCAGCAUAGUGCAGACCAACUAAGGAUUUCUCUGUGGCACAAAACUGAUUCAUUGUAAACAUGUAUAUGUCUAAGUCUGCAUGUCUUUGGACUGUUACAUGAUUUGUGUGUCUGUGCCUGAAUGUGUGUUUUUGCCACUAAAGUGUCUGCUGGCAUUCUCUCGGAUCUUUUCCCUCCUCAGUGUAUUUCCGUCUCUUCCUAUAAGCCUGUGUGUUUGGGAAUGAAUUAUGCACUGCUCCGUUUCCCCUGAUAACACUAACUGUGACAGUUUGUGCUCGCUGAUGUAUCAGCUGUGACUGAAGGGUGUUUUUCUGGGUUUGCUUGUUGAUGACGUCUGCAAUUCCAAAGAGGAAAUUCUUCACGGAGUCUUGUUGAAAGGUUGAUGCCAUUAGAUAUUGCAGGUCAUGGGGUUUAACACAGCACGAUAAAAUAAGCAUAGAAUGAACAAAGCCUUUAGUGCAAUGAAAGGUUCUCUCAGUUUGCUGCUUUCCACUUGUCAAUCAUCUCGUGAGCUGUCUGCCUCAUAAUGGCAACGAGGAAGACGGGGAAAUGCCGCAGCGCUGAUAUUUUAAUUAACUAAACAGUUUUCUCUUUUUUUUCCUGCCUUUCUCCAUCGUGGUUCUUUCCACUGUCACGCUGUUUCUCCAAGAUUUACUGUGAUAGUUACAACCUGCUCACUGCUAGAUAUAUGACACUAAUAAAUAUAUCUAGGGAAAAUAUCUUCAGCGUGAGAGUUAAUUCAUUGGAGAUAAUAGUUCUUAAAGGAAUAUAGGAAUAUAUAUUAAAGGAAUAUAGCUUGACAAAUUCCGAUUUUUCACUUUCUUGCCAAUAGUUAGAUGAGAGGAUCUAUUGGGUGAAUGUAAACCUAGAGCCAGUAGUUAAUUAGAUUAGAUUAGUCUAUUUUACAACAGAAAGCAGAGGUAACGAUAACAGUCUCUUUUAAUGUUCCUAUACAAGGAAAUUGUUAAUUAUGUUGUGAGUAUAACAUAUUUUGUUCUGCACUACAUUUGUUUUUGACAUAUCACAAAUACGUGUAAAACCAAUAGCCAACUUUGACUUAUUUCAAUUUAACUCCCUAAAGUGAAAACGUACUUAUUUUAAGCCAAACCGUGAUGUUUUACUAUAUACUGUACCUAACCAACAGCUUUUGAUGCAUUCUUGUUUUGUUUCAAUUUGCAACGUUGAUCACGUUUUUAAAACUGCGACUGUAAAAUGCAUUUCCCUCUAAACCUAAUUGCAUUUUGGUUGUAUGGUAACAUUAUUUUGUAGUAGACAGGGCUGCCAAAUCAACUUAGCAAGUAAGUCAUUAUAACAAUUGUUUUUUACAACUAUAAUAAUUACACAAAACCAAAAUGUAAAAACCAAGAGUUGCGAUUGAACAGGGAACUAUUUUUGUAAACCGCAGUGACUUCCUUUUUCAACUGCUAUAUGUCUAUAUGUGAGCAGCUAAUGAAGACCAUGAGGCGUAAUCCUCAACUCUUGUUUUUCAGGAACAAAAAGAAUGUAUCUAGAUUUGUUGUGAUGAUUUCCAAUAAACGAACAUUGGAUAAAAUGUAUUUAACGCAAGCAUGUACUUUUUACCUCUCAUUUUCUUUGUUUAUUACUUGGAGAGACUGAUCUGCAGUAUAAUGAGUAACUCUCUCCGGUGUUUUCUCUCUGUGUCUCUUUUUUGCGCUGUACUCUCCGUCUGAUGACUUUUACUUCAUACUGUGGUGAACAAUGUCCUUAAAUAAGAAGAAAAAAGAUUUCAACAUUAAAAACUAAAAUUACUAAAAAUAAAUUGAAUUUAAAUAGAUCAUUUGAAAUGUUUUUAUUAUCCAUGUAUUUUUGGUGAAUCCUAAAACAGUGAGCCAUAAAUAGCUCCUUUUAAUGAGGGAAGGCUGCAAAUUGCAUCUUUAAUUUCAGGCAGCAGUGCAAAAAGUGAAUUUGUCUGGAGGCUAGCCUUCUAUUUGCUCGCUUUCAUUAGGUCACUGACUUUCUCUCUGCGCACUCUGUCCUCUGUUUACGCUAAAUAGACACCAGUGUUUAAUUGAUAGGUAGGUUAAACAGUGCUUUAACCAAUUACCAUCACAGUCAUAUUCACUAUCUUAAAUAAACAGCAACCAUGGAUUUAUAACCUAAGCACUAAAUCCGAAGGGUGGUUGAAUUUGAAAGUGCUGUCUGUCGUCCUGCUAAUCUGCCAGACAAUCACACGUCAAGCCAGUAAGCCGCCCAGACAGUUAAACAGUCAGUCAGUCAGCUGGAAGCGCUGCGAUCAUGUCAGUUCGACCUACCGUUGAAUCAGUAGGACAUUUCUUCAACUCUCAGCCGCCUCGGUCAACCAGUCAACCAGCAUAAAGAGGAAGUCGAUCAGUAACAGGCGGCAAGUCAGUCAUCUUACAAAAUGGGGAACACCGUUCACACAAUAACAUGAAUCAAUGUUGUACACAAAGGUUUUGACUGCGCAGAAGAUUACUAGGAUGGAGGUGACAGUGAUUAUUGUUGUGCUAUUCAGAGGAUGAGCCUGUCAAACAAAAGAUUUUCAUUUUGGAAGAAAAUAGUAGGGCUGUUUUGACAAAUGGCUCACAAAGUGGUGUUUUGUUGAGAAGUGUUCCAACUUGAAAAGAUAAAAAAAGAACAGAUCCUGGAUGCGAAAUGAAUAUAGGACAGACAACGUGGCGUACUUUUUCAAGUCGGUGAAAAUUAAUUAAGACAGAAAGCAAUACUUUUUUUAACGUUUUUGAGUCAAGAAGAUGUAUUACAAUAAUGUUAUUUGACAGAUGUAAAGUGAGUACAGUUGCUUACCGGUGUAAUUGGGGACAUCACCUUCACCCACUACGUGUCUUAAUAUGGAUUGUGCAAUGUAACGUGUGCUAGAAUAAUGUGUGUACAGCAUACGGUGAGUUUCAGUGUGGUUUGAUGGAUUCUGGAGUCAUUUUGUCGUGCUGUAGAUGUGCUGCCUUGUUGCUCCGGUGGUCCCUGUCAGGUAUAUGAGGUUGCCCUGAUGUCAACACUUUGUUUGUUUUUUCCUAAACCCCUAGCUGUUGUCAGGAAUUAAUUAAUCUAUUCAUUAUCUAUUCAUGCUGGUGGAAUUGAUUCUUUCCAUUGUUGCUUGUGUUGGUGUAUUAUAGUCGGUUAAAAAGCAUUCACUGACAGUCUUUUCUGGUUAAGUCCACUGUGGGCAGAAAGAUCAUUUAAGCAGUAGUGGUUAAUAUCAUAUUGAUUAUCAUUCUGGACCAUUCAUGGCCUGUUCUUCUUGAACAUAUUAGCCCAGCCCAUUUCCUAUUAAGACAGGCACCUUCAUUUUUUUUUUAAUGUGGCUGAAGCAUAUUUUCAGUUGCUGCUGUAGUGGACUUAAAAGCAGCUGUGGGAACUAUAUCCAUGACGCAUUCACAAACAUUAGGAGAUAAACAAGGUUCAGUUUUCACAGCAAGUCCAUCACUGAUCUCCUGUUUCUUGUUCCUCCCCACCUUUCUCCCUUUCUCUCUCUCUCUCUCUCUCUCUCUCUCUCUCUCUCUCUCUCUCUCUCCCCCUCCCAAUUUAUUUGCUCUAUUGUUCUAUCAAUCAGUUCACUUUCUCCAGAACCUAAGGAAACGGUGAUGUUUAACGGCCGGGUGACAUUUAAUGGCUGCCCCAUCUUGAGCCAACUGGCGUCCUCGCAAUCAUAGAUCUUUCAUCAACGGAAACGUUCUUGUCAUGGAAACCCCCUACCUCCAGACUGCGUUCCUCGACCCCCCCAUGUACAAGGUGUGAUUGCUGAGGGAGGGGAGGUAAUGCUGAGACAAGGUUGUCUGUGAAGAUCCCCAAAAAUAUCACCCCAAACCAUGUAGUGUUCCUCUCUCCAAGGAGGGGGGAGGGUCUACAUUUGAGUCUGGUUUCUUUUUUUAUUUAUUCAUGUUCAUGUUAUCUCUGGAAUAGAUUUGCUUUCGCUUGUUCAAAGAGUGCAUGUGGGUGUGGACAUAGAGUGCGAGGUGAGGAGAAAGUGACAGAGAGAGGAAGAAAGAGGGAGAAAGGAAAGAAAAGAGAUGGUCCUCCACACCACCCCUUACUCCGGGGCCUGUCUGCACUUCCUGGAUGGCUUGUCGUGGAGCCUGGUGUUCCCUUGCUAUUGGCUCCUGGACCAGCUCCUGGCCUCCUGCGUGGCCACAUCGCUGGAGAAGCGUCGACGCUCCCAAGACCCCUGCUCCUUCCUCACCCUGUGCUUGCUGAUCUCCGCGCCACUAUACCUGCUCCUCCUCUUCGCCUCCCUGCCCUUCGCCCUGCUGGGCUUCGUCAUCUGGGCUCCCCUGCAGGCCAUCCGCCAGCCAUACUUGUACACCUACCGCAGGCCAGACAAACACCAGGCCGAGCAGGGCCAGGCCGGGCCAGGUGGGGUAGGCCUUGGGGAAUGGAGGCCACAGGGCAGAAGCUUCUGUUUCUGCAGUGCCAACGUGUGCCUGCUGCCCGACUCUCUGGCCAGGUUCAACAACCUGUCAGACACGCACAGGAGAGCCCGGGAGGUGGGGAAGAGGAUCCGCAAUGGUGCCAGUCGACCUCAGAUUAAAAUCUACAUCGACUCACCUACCAACACUUCCAUCAGUGCGGCAUCCUUCAGCAGCCUGGCCACAGGUUUCCGCCGCACCUCCUCUCUGGACCAGCGUCCAGACCAAACACACACCACCAACGGCCCAGCCGACACGGAAACCGAACCCCUCACCGAGUGCCCAAUUCACCCCUCAGGUGCCGCCGACUGCCCCGUACACCCGUCUGCAGGAGACCAGGGUACCUCUGAAUGCCCUCUUCACCCAGAGGGAGGAGACACGACAGAAGACUGUCCCCUCCACCCUGCAGGGACUAACAGCAGCUCAGAGUGUCCCGUACAUAUCUCAGGGGAGGCUCCAGACUGCCCCUUGCAUUCCACAGGGGCUCAAGUUGGUCAAGGCCAUCAUGACUGUCCCGUGCAUGGGGAAGGGAUCCAGACAAAAGCGUCCUCAGACUGCCCACUUCACGCCUCAGCAGUUCAAAUCAGCAUCAGCGCCCCAGAGUCAGACCCACAGGAGGAGGAGGUUGAAACAGGGAACCAUCGGACUGGGGAUCAGGUGGCAGGAGACACGGGCAGUAUGACUGCCUCCAGGGAAUCCCUCGCUCGUUAUCAUGGUGGUGACGGUGGCGUUGGCAUAUCCUCCAACAAUACUCUUUCCCAUGUCCCUCGCACGUCAUUCUUCAAGCGCCCCGGUAGAAAACGCCGCCAUGGAGAUGAAACAUUCGACCACGACAUCUCUGCCUUUUUCCCUGCCAACUUGGAUUUUCUGGCUCUACAGGAAGUGUUUGACCACGGGUCGACGACCAGACUGCGGUGUCAGCUGCAUCGUUAUUUCCCCUAUGUGCUGAGCGACGUUGGCCGGUACGGCUGGAAAGGAUGCUGCUCAAGGUUCAAAUUCCUAAACAGUGGGCUGAUGCUGGCAAGCCGCUACCCAAUCCUAGAUGCAAGGUUUGAGUGCUACCCCAACGGGAGAGGGGAGGACGCACUGGCAGCCAAGGGCGCGCUGUUUGCCAAGGUCAGAAUUUUGUUUUACUUUUUCUUCCUCAUAUUCUUUUUUUUUUUUCAGUCAUUUUAGGAUAUUGCUUGUUUGCUUUCUUGCAAAGAGUUGGUCAGAAUAUUGAUUCCUAUCUUAUAUUUGUCCCAUCACUAUGGAAUUAGAGCAAGAACCUUAGCUUAGCAUAAAAACUGGAAACGGGCAAACAGCAACCCUGGAUCUAUACCGUAUAACUUGUUGAGACAACGUCACUGUACCCGACCAAGAAAUAGAUUCAUAACACUUAGCACUAAAGGAACAACUUGUCAAGUUUUACCUUUUUUUUGUACAGAUUAAACAAACCAGAUAUGAUGAGUUCAUUCUUUUUUACCUUUGGACACAGCCAGGUUAGCAGUUUCCCCUUGCUUCCUGUAUGUCUUUAUGCUAAGCUAAGCUAAGCUAAGCUAACCAUCUCUGGAUCCACUCUUGCAAGAAAGCGAAUCGUACAGUUCCCAAAAAGAAUGACUACCACCCAAUCAGGAAGCCAAUAAAAUCCUUAUUUUUCAUAGAGCACUUUUUAUAGUUCUCAAAGACACUUUUCAAAUGUUGAAAUGAUCAUAUAAAACAACACACUGAAAAUAUACAACACACUUUAAAGUAGUUAUUAAAAGGGGAGAUUUGAACAAAAUAUUUCACUACACACGUGUCCUAAAGCUCUGUAACAUUUUUACUCAAAUUCUACUUCCAUAAAAAAGCAAUUUUUACAGUUUUGAGACAGACGGACCUUUUUAUCAUUUUUCCAUGGUUUCACAAAGUAGUUUCAGAGUCGCUGUCACUGAAAGGUCAGCGCAGAGACCACUUUGAGAAAUGUCAUAAGUAAUAUCCCGGUCUAUAUUUAGACUGGGGCUGCUUUUUGUAGGCUUUGACAAGAUCACAGAAGUAGUCAAAAAUAAUUAGACAACUUGGAUUGUGUAUGUUUAUGUCCUCAUUAUAUUUCAAAAUGAGCUGAAUUAGAACUAAAUGUCACAGUGGACCUAAUUUUAUGCUUUCCCCGCAGCAGAAAUGUGUCUGAGCUCUGAUUACUGCUUGGUGCUGUUUCAGCCAAAAGCUAAUCUUGUCAUCUCUGAUGCCCGCUAUUCGUACCGUUGGCGAGGCGGUAAUUGAAUCUGCCCAUUAAGUCUAUUUAUACUAAAUUAACUCAUCGUACAUUUGUGAAAGCAUGCGUGAGUGUGAAAGACGGGCGGAGAGUUCAAAUGACCUGCCAGCUGUCAUUAGCUGCAUUAAUUACCGUAGAUCUCUGUAGUAUGGAAAGGACAUUAUCAGAGUCUGCUUUAAGAACUUUGGUGCACUGGUAUCUAUCUGCUCUACUUCCUAACCCAUUUGAUGCCCUUGUGUAGAUAAUGUCACUCAGUACAUGUUCGAUGCACUAUUGCCACAAUGUUGCAGUGACGGAGAAUCCGCCCAUUGCAGACAGUACUUGGUAAAUAAACUUAUUUACACCCACAUCCAUUCACACAUUACGCGUCUGUCAUUGUGGUGAGUAAAUGCACCACAAUAAUUACAAAACACUCAUAAGCUUUCCACAUCUCCCACUGCUACGUGGAGAGAAAAAAGCAUAAAACAAAAAAAAUACAUGUUGUCAUUUUCAAGGUCUUAGGUGUUUGUGAAGAAAUUAGCAUAAUUCCACAUCUGUUUAUACAUGGUAUUGAAAACACAUUGAUGAUAAACAAUAAAAUGGCUUGUAGGAUAAUAUGCAAAUCCUUAAGAUUUCAGUCCUGACCAGAUUUUGAAUCUCAAUAUGAAUGGAAACUAAGGAAGUGCUUUCCAAGUUUAGCAGUUUGGAGUCUUUAGCUGCUACCAGAAUUCAAUACUGACAUGCUAUUUAUCAGAAUUGUGUCAAUAGUUAAAUUUUGUGUGUGUACAAUAGAAAAUAACAGUGAUGCAGCAUUUCUUUCAAUCACCAUUGUGUUACCUCCUUCCGCAAAAGAUAGUGACUUAACGGACAUAUAUUUAAAUAAAAAUCCUCGAGAUUGCCCCUUUGACUGUUUAUAAUUAUUGAAACGUAAUUAUAUAUAUUUUUUAAACUGUGCCAGUUGGAUACAGUACAGCUACCAACAGACUGUUGGGGAUGGACAAGACUUGUACAAGUCUAUAUUCCCAUCGAUUAACUGGCCCCAGAUUCUCCAUUCUCUUCAUUAGGUAUACCAACAAAAAGUAAUGUGCCGUAAAUAGUAGGUAUUCCCAAAAUCAAUACAUAUGUUGUGCACGUAAGCAUGAACAAGGUAUAAGACCCCAAAAGCCCACACAGGGCCAGAGGAGAUGGGUGAGUCCAACUGUUCAUUCCCUGUGUGAACAGAGAAGUCAACCUUGUUGUAAUUGUCACCCAACUUGGGUACUUCUGUUACGGCACCUCCGUAGAUAUUUAACCAAAUGACGAUAUUUUCCUAAACCUAACCAAGCAAUUUUUAUGCCUAAAGGCCACUGAGUUGUUUCCUGUGGAGAAGGGAUUUUAUUUUGAAAGGACCAUGUGCAGCUGUUGCAGGCUUUCGAAGGAAAACUCUUCGUAAGAUACGCUGUAUACCAGAGCCAUAUACAGCGUCACUACAUCACUCCUCCACAUUCCAAAUAUGGUAACUUCCAUUCAUUGGUUGCGACAGGGAACUUGCCGAACUCGAGGCUUCAAAACAGCAGUCUACAAACCAAUGGGUGAAGUCAUGAUGACUAGCUCCACUUCUUACAGUCAAUGCUCUCAACAGUAACCGAGGGACAUCCUGUUGUGUUCCCCAUUGCCUACUGCAUAACUUAUACAGUAUGGAGUCCAUUAGGCACUUUCAGCAGGAUGACAGAUCCCAUGUAGGCUACUGUAAGUAUGUCAAGACGGGAUGUAGUCUUAAUGCAUAAUGGAGGUAUGUCCAUGCUGGUUAUACUGUGCAAGAAGCAGGACGGGUUGAUGACAUGGUUACCAGUGCACUAAUGUGGGCUAUGCAGAGUGAUGGGCUUUAUAUUUUUUAUUCUUUGAUUCAUGUUUCUUUUGAAAAGCAUCCUUUUUUUAUAAUAAGACGACACGCAUAAUUUUCCUUGGAGAGAAAAAGCAGUAGUGCACCGAGUAAAGCUCACAAACACAACGUGCAGUGAAUCAGCGAUGAAGGGAGAAGCGUUUAUGUGUGUGUAUGUCCAGUUUAUUAUCUGUAUGUGUGUGUGCCCUGUGGUGAGUGUGGACAGUCUGUGAGUUCAUUAAUUAGCCGUGUACCGUGGCGGUCAGCAAUGCGAGUCUGGAUUGGAUCCAUUCUGGAAUGACAUGCACCUGUAUGUGUGUGUGCAAAUCUAUGUUUGUGUCCAUACAUGCCCUCGCGUUAUACAGUACCAGAUCUAAUGAAAACACACUCCAUCAUCACAGCUUGCACGCUGACAGUCUCCCUGUCUGCCCUGCUGCCCACUGACUGUCACUGCAGAUUACGAGCAGGCGUCACAACCCCGUUUCACCACCCCCUUGUCUAUGAGGUCAUCCCGGGUCCCCCUGACAAGCUGGCUGUCAGCCAGCUGGCAGGUACGUGUUUCAAUGCAAGCUGCUGACACUGCCAACUGACAGAGAAGGGAAGCAAACAAUGUUAAACAAAAUGAUUCUCCUUACUGCCAGGAAAUGCUUAUUGAGAGAACCACAAGUCUCCCAAUCCGGCGUGAUUGGCCAUGGUGAAUGCGACUUUUGUGAUUAAAUACAUUUGUCCGUAUAUGUGUCUUAACGCGUCUUGCCUGAUCGGAUGGUGAUCGGAUAUUACGUGGUCAAAGAAGCGGCUGUAGAGAAAAUUCUCUAUAAGUCCCACGUUAUUUUCGCUGUGAUGAUUAACAGAUUUUCCCUAUAUCCCCAUUAUUUUUUUAUGCUUAUACUCUUCCUCCCUUCAGUAUUAAUAUACCUGUCUUUUAUUGAAGGAUAGCAGCUAAUACAGCUACAAUAAUUUAAUGCAAAAGACAUUUUCCUAUAAAUUCUUCUCAGUAAAAGUCCCCAUUUAUUUUUAAUGCUUACUUUUCCUCCCUGUAGAAUUUGUCGACUUGUUUACGUUGAAGGAUGGCAGUAAACGGAGCUCUGCUAAUCGCUGCUAAACAUGUUUUUCGAUACAUUAUUUUGUUAUUUAAAAUAUUUAUUUUUGAAGUAGCAAACUCAGAAAAUGUUGGGUUAUCACCAACAGUGUUUAUUGGUUUUCAUUUAGUGAUGACAAUGCUCAAUUCUCAUGGCACUGGUAUGUAGCAUAUCCAAGUAAAUAUUACAUAAUGACAAGCAUAAUCACAAGUGCACUAUGCAUCCCUAAAAGUAGAUAUAUGUAGUAUAUUUAAUAUAUAAAUAAAUAAAUAAAAAAUGCCCAUGUAACCCAUUUUUCCCAGCCAGUUGCAGGCUUUGAUGUCCCCGCUGUUCACUGCUUGCCCCUGUCCAUCCUCCAGACAUCUUGGCAGCCUUCCAAGGCGGCAUCUUGUUGUGAACCCUCGCUCCCCCUCCGUGGCCCUUUGGUCAUUCUCGCUCAUUACUACUCAGCACUCCGCCAGCUGGGACGCAUCUCAUUAGAUGCACUUCAUUUGAUGUACCUGAUGUUCACGCUGUGUUCCUCUUCACAGCCACCAGAUACUGUGUGUUCUUUCACAUCAAAUAUAAACAAGGAUGCUCAGUCGGAAGUCGUUGUUAAAGUGAUGAUCCCUGAAAUUCUUCGUUUUUUCAAUUUUUUUAGUUGUGCGCACUCAUCACUGUGGUGCUUUUGCACUUUCCUAGACAUCGCCUGUCAGACACAAUAUUGUUGGUGGCAUUGUAAUCAUCUUCCAUGGAUUUCCUGUUGUUGUCUUUAGUGUUCUUUUUUUCUUUGUCUGUUUAGCAAUUCUAGCUAUCCAUGUUUAUGAGAACUACUCAGUUCUUCUGUUUACUUCAAAGACACUAAUUAUAAAACUCCCUGUGGUGCAGUAAAAGGCUAGAAGACACCAGGAGACAGAUAACAUGCAAACAGUUGAUUAAGGUGUGUGUAUAUAACUCAGAUCAUACACAUGAGUACACUUUUAGAAAUAAUAGCAUUUAUGGAGCAGAACAUUGUGCAUGCACAGCUUUAUACAUGUCUUGGACCUACACACAGUUUUAUACCUCUUGCUGCAAUUGUAAAAACUUAACUAAUAUCAGUUUUAUGGCUCUUGUGGCUCAAAAUUCACAUUGUUAAGUGGAAAUCUCACCUGGAUUACUAAAUCCAGACUUUGAAAUGGCUAAGAAUUGUCUUGGAACCAAAGACUGUGUUGACUUGUCUGUUACAAAAUGUCCGUUUAACUGAAUCAUACAUUUAGUCCAACUUAAUUUUUCAAUAUAGAUUGUAUUCUGAUUCUGUCAUACGUGUUAGGAAAUGGAAAUUAUUUUGAUCCAAGAUAUCAACCAUUCAUUAUUAUUAAAACAUCCGUCUAAGCAGCCUAUUAUCCCCAGGAAUUACGUCCAUAUUGGGUCCGAUGCCAUCGUUCAGUGCCAACUGAAUAAUCAUAAUCAUACAGUAUAUAAGAGGGCCUUUAUGUGGACUUUAAAAUGCUUUGUCAUUACAUUAUUGAACAUUUUUCGGGGCUGUGCAAAAUCAGUUAAUAUUUAUGUUUUUGUCUGGCAGUAGGGUUAACCUGAUAAUGUUCUAAUUUCAUUGUCAGGGUCACUUUAUUUAUCUUUAUCACUUUAUUUCAGUUUGGGUUACUUUGGGGUAAAGUAUCUAGUAGCACCAUGAUGUAUGUUUAUUACAACAAUGAAAUUAAUUUAGUACAUAAUAAACCCAUUGUGUCAAAAUCUCCCCCCAGCCAUCAUCUGCUAAUUCUCCCAGUCCGGUUUAUUUAGAUUAUGAGAAAUUCAAAUGCUUUUUUCUGAAGUCAGUCUUUAGCAAAUCUAACUCGGGACACAAAGACACAUUCUCAUUAUUUCCUCGUGGAUGCAUUUACCUAGAGAGCAGCAGCAGGUCAGCGACGAGGCAGAGAUAGAAUAUUAAUUUAAAAAUGUUUCCCAAAAGGGAGAGCGCUGUCUCUGUAAUUAAAGCUUUUCAGUCUCAACAUUUAUCCCCUCUUAUAAUUAUUUCAAACUACUAAGUGCAUGGUUAAAGUGUGUGUGUGUGUGUGUGUGUGUGUGUGUGUGUGUGUGUGUGUG